GUCAUUCGAUCAGGUGUUCGUUUCCUGCCAGACUUAUUACGUCACACGAAACGUGACAAAAUGGAAGAAACUCGGCAUCAAAGGUCAAAUAAACAUUCAUCAGCAGGAAGAAAGAGAAGAAGAGAAGAAGAAAAAGAAAAAAAAAGCAUGAAGUGGGUAGCAGUAUUUCUGUUUUGUGGAUUUAUUCCAUUGUAUGUGCAAGAAGAAAAACCUGGAUGUAACGAAGCCGUCUGCGCUUCCAUUGUUAGUAAAUGCAUGCUGACGCAAUCGUGCAAGUGCGAUAAUAAAAAUGCUACCUGUAGUCGAGAUUGUUUCCAUUGUCUUGAUUAUCUCUAUUCAGAAUGCUGUGUUUGUGUAGAUAUGUGUCCAAAACCAAAUUUGACUGAUACGGAAUUGGGUCAAAAAUCUCACGUUGAGGAAUUUUCGGAACCUGUUCCCGAGCUGUUUAUUGCAUUGACAGAGGAAAAGGAUCCUCAUUCGCGAUGGAUAUCUUAUACUUUUCCAGUGCAUUUUUCACUUGUUACGUCUGUGGGAAAUGAACAUGUCACACUUUCUCCAGUGAUAAUCGAUGAAGAAUUGCCUUCAGAAACGAAAUUGUUAAAUUGUACGGUGGCAUUUUUAUCGCAGUGUAUGUCGUUUUCCAAAUGCAAAGACUCUUGUAGAAGCAUGGGUUCUUCAAGCUGUAGAUGGUUUCACGACGGAUGCUGCGAAUGUAUUGGAUCCACUUGCUUGAAUUACGGAAUGAACGAAGGAAGAUGCUUGGAAUGCCCAAAAGAAUUCGAUUCCGAAGACGAUUUGAUCGAAAGUGAUCAAAAUGUGGAAACUUCAACGAACUCUGAGAAACCGAAUUUCGAUUACGAAGAGAAAAAAAUCGAUACUUCGGAAGAAGAGAAGCUUCAAAAAAUCGAUUCUUGAGAUUAUAAUUUUAUAAUUUCGCACCGGUAAUACUCUGAAAGAUACUUGUAUACUCAAGAGAAGAGGUCACAGAUUUCGAUAAUGUUAUUUGCAUGGAUAACCCUUGGUACUAACCUUCAAGCAAGUUUGUCUUUAAAAUGUCUUUAAAAUUAAUUAUUUUAUAAUUUGUGAUUUAAUUACGUUAAAACCUGCCAAAAGCGGGAAAAUAUUCGGUACCGUGCGAUUCCGUUUUAUACGGGUCUCGCUGUAAUAAGUCACAAUUUGUUUUAUUGUCUUUGAAAAGGAAUAUACGUCUACAGAAAAUUUUCCGGGUGGAAGAGCUCAAUUAAUAGAUUUUUAUUUAUUUAAUUAAUUUUUUUAGGUACCGAGGGCCAACCCGUAAUAAAAUUUUAAUAUACAAAGUUUCCCAUUGUCGAGGUUUAAGGUGCCAUAUCUCAAUGGCUUUUAUGGUUAUAAUGUAUAGAGUUUUUACCCGAUUCCAGAGAUGGGUAAGUAUCCCCUUUGCCCCCCGUCUACGGAUGCCCUUAUGAUAUAAACAAUAAGAAACCAGAGAAGUAACGUUUAAGACGAUUGUCUACCGUCAUGUGUUACAAUUCAAUGUGAUAUUGGGAGUUAGUUACAACUAAUCAUUUCUUUUUUGUUUAAUUGCUUUUUUUCUUAACACUUUUUGCCCUGUAGGCACUAAGAGGGCCUCUUUUAGCAAGCCCAUUAUGGGUUCGGCCAGGCCCACAAUGGGAUGGCCGGGUAGUGAGGGACGGGGCCCGACUUAAAAAGAAAAGUAAUUUAAAAUUUAGUUUUAAUUUAAGCGCGUUUUUAAUAGAAAAUGAAUUGCUAACGUAUAAACCCGUGUAAUUUACAAUUACUUCAUGUAAAAAUUGCAUUUAUUUGGAAAAAGUUUACUCGUAGAGAGACGAACCAGCGAUCUCGCUCCCCGAAGCCAUGAAAUUUUUCAUGGUAUAUUCUGCUGUACUUGCUUGUAAGUCGCUGGAAAUUUUUUCAACUUGCGAUUUUCUUGAAAACGUUUAAAAAACAUCCUUUCUCCCUUUGCUGGAUAAAAGCUCGUAGCAAGGCUUAUCCAUGCAAACAAUAUUGAAAACUGGCGACGGUGAUCUCCUCAUCGGUUGGAGAUUAAAAAUGGCGGAAUGUACAGAUGUAUUUUAAAUAACAAAAUGUACUUUUGAAUACAUUCGUUUCCUAUUAUUUUAUUGAAUUUUUUGCCAAAAAAAAAUAUAUACUUAAAGUGCUUUUUUGUAACAUAUUUUAUGCAUGUUACCUUUGUAUACUCGUACGUUUCUAUGUAAUAUUUUAUUAUUAUUAUUAAUAUCGAAACAUGUACAGUUUGUAUUAAAGUUGAUAUUGGCAGCUUUUUUUUAAUAUAUUUUAAUAAAAAAU